AUGGUCCUCAUAAUCACCCCUUCAAGUUCAUCAUUCAGGAGAUAUGUCUGGCGUGGAAACCUUCGCUGUUCCGUUAUCUGCAGGAAAGUCCGCCUCUCAAAAUCAGUCCCAGUCUGCUUAUUGUUGAAUAUAUCAGAUGCUAUCUCCUCCGUGUGGCUUGCUACAUUGAUUUCUGACCUUUCCGGCCCCAGUUUUACUCUCAAACGCUCGUUUACAAACGAUAGCUACUGGAGAGAUCUCUUGGCAUUCACUCCUGAUUUUCGUACCUUGCACGCACUUCCAGAAAUCCAGCGUUUUUUCUCAGUCCCCGUUGCCCUUGCGCGGCCAAGUCGGUUCCGACUCUUGUCAGGUGUUCGUCAUCGGCGCAUUGGUCCUACAAAAACGUUCAUCCAGGGAAUUGUUCAGUUCCAUACGGUCAUAGCGCAGUGCACUGGCGUCUUCACUCUGACUCAAAGCGAGGACUCCUCAUGGAAGGCCUGGUCCUUUGUAACCAUGAUGGAUCAGUUGUCCGGUGUAGUCGAUCGCUUUAGUGCACAUACGCCUCUCUGCCGUCCUGCUGAGUGGCAAACUACGAUGGAGUACACAGCGGUCGUCGUGGGUGCAGGUCAGUGUGGCUUAUCCGUGGCUGCCCGUUUGGAGAAUCUCGGCAUUUCUACACUUGUCUUGGAGAGAUCUAGCGCAAUUGGCAAUAGUUGGCGUUCUCGAUACGAGUCACUGGAAACGAAUACUCCAAGGGCGUACAAUCAUCUUCCCUUUGUCGCAUUCCCAGAGGGAUACGGAAAAUAUAUCCCCUGCAGAGACGUUGCUGACUAUCUUGAAAAUUACCAAAGGACUCUUGGUCUUCACGUGUUGACCUCGGCGUGCAUUUCUGCUACUUCAUAUGACGUUUCGUCAAGUACCUGGACAUUAUCUAUAUCUCUUUCAGGGCAAGCCUCCAUUACUGUGACAGCCCGGCACCUGAUUGGUGCAACAGGCACUGGCACAAUGGGAGGUGCACUCCCGUUUAUGCCGUCGAUUCCAGAAAAGAGUUCCUUCCUCGGUUCUGUUAUCCAUUCAAGUGAAUACAAGUCCUCCUCUUGUGUCGGCGCGCAGAAAGUUGUCGUCGUCGGCGCAGGAUGCUCUGCGCACGAUAUUGCUCAGGACAUGGCAAAUCAUGGGUCUCAGACAGUGCUUGUCCAACGUUCUCCAACUGCUGUUGUGAGUCGCCAGACGAUCGACCGUCUACUUACCGGUAAUCUCAGUGUAUUUCCUGCGGAGAUCUCCAUUAAUUUGACUCGUAGGAUAUGUUGGGCAGGACGUUCCUGCGACAGAGAUCGCCGACCGCUUUUAUGUCGCUCUUCCCUUGACAACCCUACAAAAUCACCAGUACGACAUCAUGGAGAUACAUGCCCACAUCGACCAGUUAGUGGCUUCUAUAUCGACCGGGGUUGUGCAAAGCUCAUCACGUCUGGCAAGAUCACUGUCAAGUCCGGGCAUGAGAUUUCCCACUUCUCUCCUUCCGGGUUGGUAUUCGACGAUGGUUCGCGAGUGGUCGCAGACCUUGUCAUCUUGGCCACUGGUUACUCGAAAACUACAAUUAAACAAGUCGCCGAGAGCCUUUUCGGGGCCCAGGUCGCGGAUGCCGUCCAUGAGCUUGGAGGAUGGGAUAACGAUAAUGAGCUCGCAGGUGUUUGGAGGCCGACUGGACACGAUGGACUCUGGUUCGCGGAGGGCGAUCUCUUUUCUGCACGGUUCUACUCCCAGUUCCUUGCAUUACAGAUAAUGGCGAGGGAGAUGGGAUUGUUAAGUCCAGACCAGAGGAGUUACAUCUCAUGCUGA